AGAUCAGUUCAUUCAGGCAGCGCGUCACUUCAACUUAAGGGUCGUUUAGACGUCCAAACUCACUCCGACGUAAGUCCGCUCCGUUCAGAAAACACCCGAUUUGUCAUAAGCCACGACAGGAAAUACUGUGUCGACGAUUUAAACGCAACACUAUGUGGCAGCGACGAUAUAAACUUAGAGCCAAAGACAAAACAAACAAACAUGGCUGAGCAAACUAAAUCGUUGUCGGAACCAUUCAAAGAGUAUUUAUUAAGCCGAUCAGUAUUAACAGCUACACCGGUCGAUUUAUCGAUAUUAAAUAAAUCGGAUACAGAUUACAAAAUAUCUGAUUCCCUUAUGUAUUGUUUGGAUGGGAAUUUGCCAACAGAUUUGACGUUGUCGAUUAGUAAUUUGGCUGUCGAGUCGUGUAGUAUGUCGGAAGGUGUGAGAUCGCCUUUAAAGAAUAUAAACAAUGUAAAUAUAGAAGUAAGUCCGAAUAGAAAAAGGUGCGCGAUCUCCGCGUCUGUCGGUACGGAUAGCAAAAAAAUUAAUAUCGAAAAGGAAAAUGUUAAUUUCCAGUUGCGUGAAACGGAUCUUUAAUUCGCCUUUUGGAAAAGUGCCUAGCUACGUUGUGUAGUAUGUUUUUUUUUAUUUCCUAGGUCUAGUUAGCUUGCUACAUGAGGUCUAGGGUUCAACGCCCGGGUAUACAAAAAUAAAAACUGGGUUUUUCUUUUAAGAUAUUUUUAAUAAAAUAGCUUGGCGUUGGGCAAGCUUGGAUAAUGACAGUGAAGUAAAAGAGAGUGCACCAGUGGCUUCGCACAAACAUGUGCACUAUAGUAUAUAGUAUCAUUAACAAUUGUUAAUCUCUAAAUAAGUGAGAUAAGCUACACUCGGUGUGAAAUACAUUAUUAUUACCCAAUUUUGGGUAAAGUUAUAUAUAUCAGAAUUUUUUAUUUUUAUAGAAAGGUUUUUGUUCAGAUUGCAACUAUCUCAAUAUGUUGACAUUUCUAACACAAUGUCUCUUUAAAAAGACAAAUCAAACGGAUAUAUUUUUAAACACUGAUUAAAAUAUAACAUUAAUUUACUUCAAAUUAAAGUGAACUUUAAACAGUAGUGAUUAGGUCCAUUUUACUUUGAAGUAAAUUGAUGCUUACAUGUUUAUAAAUAUACCCGUAAAUUAAACAUAAUAAUUAAUUAAGGUAUCUAUAAUGUGUCAAAUUAUUUUUUUUUCUAAAAUUCUAUGCAAUGGUCCUUAACAUCAAAGACUGAACCAAUAUUAUGAAUCCUAAUAAUGAUUUCAAUUAUUCGUCAUUACCAAAAUAACAUUGUACAGUAUUGUAAUUAAGUACCAAUAAAUAAAAGUAUAUUAACAAUGUA